AGGUACACAGCAAACAUUCUGAGGUUCUUGGGGUUUUGUGACAAUGGAAUUGAUAGAUUUUGUUAGUGUUGGAUUUUUUCUGCUUAUUGCAGUUGGGUUGUCUUUGGCACAGCGUUCAGGAUUUCAGCAAGGCCAGGAUCCAAAAAGAUUCCAACGGCAACAGUCGUCUGCUUUUGCUCCUUGGCAAGAGGUCCAAAGUCCACAGGCAUCCUCUUCUUUUAGACUGCCUGCAAUGAGCCUUGCUGGGGUAGAACCAUGGAAGCUUCAAGAUUCUGGAAGUAGUCAGUCCAAACAGCUAAUGCAGGCUCCUAUGGCACCUUUGACCUGGCAUUUUCCUGUAGUGCCAGAAGAACCCCAACAGCCAGAUGUGCCUCUUGAGUUGCAUGUACCUGCCCCUGCACAGAGUAUUGCUGCACAAUGUGGGGAGAGCUCUGUGCAUGUGGAGGUUAAGAGAGACUUCUUUGGUACUGGUCAGCUGGUGAAUCCUUCACUUCUCACUUUAGGAGGCUGUGCAGCUGUAGGGGAGGAUCCAGAGGCGCAAGUGCUUAUCUUUGAGAAUGAGCUCCAGGCAUGUGGCAGUUCUCUGACGAUGACUGCCAAUGAGCUGGUGUAUACGUUCACUCUCCUUUACACUCCUGAGGCUUUAGUAGGAACUCCCAUUGUAAGAGCUGAUGCAGCAGCUGUUGGAAUUGAGUGCCACUAUUCAAGGCUGCACAAUGUAAGCAGCAGUGUUUUGAUGCCUGCUUGGGUUCCUUUUGCUGCUACAAAGGUUGAAGAGGACGUUCUGGUGUUCUCCUUGAAGCUCAUGACUGAUGACUGGCUGUUUAAGAGGCCAUCCAAUCAAUACUUCCUAGGGCAGUUUCUGAAAUUUGAAGCUUCUGUGAAGCAGUACAACCACGUGCCUCUGCGUAUCUUUGUGGAUGGUUGUGUGGCAACUGCAGUCCCUGACCUGAACUCCGCUCCAAGAUAUUCCUUUAUUGAGAACAAUGGGUGCCUGGUCGAUUCAAAGCUUACGGGAUCUACUUCCAGUUUUAUGCGCAGGGUUCAGAAUGAUAUACUGCAUUUUCAGUUGGAGACGUUCAAAUUCCAGCGAGCAAAUAGUAGUCUGGUCUACAUCACAUGUGCUUUGAAGGCAGUUAUGGCUUCAACCCCCAUAAGUCAAGAGGACAAGGCUUGCUCCUUUGCCAAUGGGUGGCUUUCUGCAGAUGACCAUGACCAGAUGUGCAUGUGCUGUGACUCCACAUGUGGCUCCAGCAGAAUGCGAGCACUGUCUGAUUCAGGCCUCGUUUCAGAAGGGAAAGCAACAAUUGGCCCCAUUGUAGUGUCUGACUGAUGUGGAUUGUAAGAAGUGGCCAAUAAAGACCUGAAAGUGGAUACUGUGGCAUGUCUUGUGUUCUUUCUAGAACAUUACAUAUUUAUUAAA